GCGGUACUUAAGAUUUUUGGAUUUCAGGCAGAAUAAAAUCUAAAUCACCAUCACAAAUCCACGCCACAUUCUCUCUCUCAAUAGGAUUGUGGGAUAAAGGUCAACUAUGGCGGAGAACGCGAAUUGCACCGUGUACGUAGGUAAUUUGGAUGAGAGAGUAAGUGACAGGGUGUUGUAUGAUAUCCUUAUUCAAGCUGGUCGUGUGGUUGACUUGCAUGUUCCUCGUGAUAGGGAAACUGAUAAGCCAAAAGGCUAUGCCUUUGCCCUCUAUGAGACAGAGGAGAUAGCAGAGUAUGCUGUCAAACUCUUCUCUGGUCUGGUGACACUCUACAACAAAACACUGAAAUUUGCGAUUUCAGGGAGAGAUAAGCCGUCAAUGAACUCACCAAUGGAAACCCCUCCCGCAUUAAAUUCGUCUAUUAAACAAAGGCUUCACCCUGCCCCCCCUUAUGAUAAGGAAACUUCUCAAUAUUCUCCAAGAUUAUCUGCAUCAUGCCGGUUCUCAGAGCAACAAACAUAUUCUGCAAAAGUUUCCCCUGGUGUACCAUUACACCAGCGUAAUGGCUAUAGAUCACAUUAUGAAGGCAACAAAUAUGAUUACAGUCGACGAGUAUUUGGGGCAGCUUUGGAUAGUAUUACCCCUUCUAGGUUGGGCCGUUAUAAUGGUCGUAACUCAAACAGUUAUUAUUCUCCUUACUAAUUGUCCUUAAAAUUGGUAGAGAGCAGCUCUAACUUAUCCUGUACUAGUAGUGUAAUUGAUGUGGAAUUAAGGGGAACGUAGUAUCAGCUGGCAUGCAUUUAGCUUUUCUUGCUUUUAAUAUUGUAACAUAUUUGUUGUCUGGUUUGUGCUUUGUUGUUCAGUCUCUUAGAAGAAUAUUGUUUUCCAUGGUAUUAUACUUUUAAAACUUACGAUUUAUCUAAAAUGUUUAUUCUUCAAGAA